GUGUGCACCAGGCCAGAGUGAACAGAGACACUCCGUAAUAAACUUUACAUCCGCCCGCAAGACCAAAGCUCUGCAAAACACACCAAAAAUGGCACCCGUCGGGUCCAAGAAGGGCAUCCUUGAACGCCUGAACGCCGAUGAGAUUGUGAUCGGAGACGGCGGCUUCGUCCUCGCGCUGGAGAAGAGAGGCUACGUGAAAGCCGGACCCUGGACUCCUGAAGCCGCAGCUGAGCACCCCGAAGCAGUACGACAGCUGCACAGGGAAUUCCUGAGGGCGGGGUCAAAUGUCAUGCAGACUUUUACCUUCUACGCCAGCGACGACAAACUUGAGAACAGAGGCAACACUGUCGGUGUCACAGGGGCGCAAGUCAACGAGGCCGCUUGUGACCUGGCCAGGGAGGUCGCUAAUGAGGGUGAUGCCCUAGUGGCGGGCGGAGUCUCUCAGACCCCCUCGUACCUGAGCUGCAAAAGCGAGGCUCAGGUGAAGGCCAUCUUCAAGAAGCAGAUGGACAUCUUCGUCAAGAAGAACGUGGACUUCCUGAUCGCCGAGGUGAGGCAGUCAUGUCUCGCUGAACAUUUCAUAUCGCCUGUUUUUUUUAAAAAAAAAAAAAAAAAAAACCCUAAUGCUUUGUGUAAACAUUGUUGUGAUUUCGUGCCGCAGUACUUCGAGCACGUGGAGGAAGCCGAGUGGGCCGUCCACGUCCUGAAGGAAACUGGGAAACCCGUCGCUGCCAGCCUGUGCAUUGGUCCGAUGGGAGACAUGCACGGAGUUACCCCCGGAGAGUGCGCCAUCCGUCUGGUGAAGGCUGGUGCCGACAUUGUCGGCGUGAACUGCCACUUUGACCCAAAGAUCUGCGUCAAGACUGUGGUCAUGAUGAAGGCGGCAGUGGAGAAGGCUGGACUGAAAGCUCACUACAUGGUGCAGCCACUGGCCUACCACACACCUGACUGCGGCUGCCAAGGCUUCAUCGACCUGCCCGAGUUCCCGUUUGCUCUGGAGCCCAGAGUGCUGACCCGCUGGGACAUGCAGCAGUAUGCCAGAGAGGCCUACAAGGCAGGUAUCCGCUUCAUCGGAGGCUGCUGUGGGUUCGAGCCCUACCACGUCCGUGCUGUAGCUGAGGAGCUGGCUCCGGAGCGCGGGUUCCUGCCCGAGGGCUCGCAGAAGCAUGGCCAGUGGGGAAGCGGCCUGGAGAUGCACACCAAGCCCUGGGUCCGUGCCAGAGCCCGUCGUGAUUAUUGGGAGAAGCUGAAGCCUGCCUCCGGCCGCCCGUUCUGCCCAUCCAUGUCCGUCCCGGACAGCUGGGGUGUCACUAAAGGCCACCCGGAGCUGAUGCAGCAGAAAGAGGCCACCACUCAGGAUCAGCUGCGCCCGCUGUUCGCCAAGUCCGAAGCCAAGUGCUGAAUAUGGAGAUGAAGGAAAAACCCACGCUCACCCCUGCCAAUCAGAGUGUGGGAAACCAAGAGAGAAGAGGGGGGAGGAAAUGGAUUGGAAAAAGACGAGACCUUUCUCUCUCCCUCUCGUUCUCUUUUAUUAGUUUACAUAUAAUUCAAACUGAAAUGUUCAUUGGCAUGUUUUUGCCAGGACCAUAUUUCUAUCAAAAGAAACUCUAUUCUUUUUCUCCAGCCUGCGAAAGCAGUGUUUAGACUAAAAAGUACAUUCGUAAUCAUACCUGCGCACCGUGGCCUUUGUGUCUUACUGUACGAUAUCGAUGCUAACAUAUUGGCUUAUACUCUGUGAGUCGAUUUCACCUGUCUGAUGACUCUCUGUGGCACUGUACAACUCUUCGCUACUGAGACGAGCAAAGCUGCGUGACCACAUUUGAGCCUUUCGGGGUCGUUCGAAAUUCCAGGUUCGGCGAACACUCCAGGCUUUCGAUGGUGUCUGAUGUUUUGCAUUUUGUUAUUGACUUAAUGCUUCAUUAAACACAUCAAUGUGA